AAAAGGCAAGGUUUUAUGGUACCCUGUGCCGAAGAGCCACAGCGUGUCAAGAGUCUAUUGAAAUUCAUAAAUUACUUACUUUUGUGUUUUAUUUUUCAGUAUAUCUUUGGGGAAUUCAGCCCUGAUGAAUUUAAUCAGUUUUUUGUGACUCCCCGUUGCUCCGUUGAGCUGCCUCCCUACAAUGACACCAUUUCAUGUGGUCUUAAGUCCACAGGAGAGCUCCAUGAUGGUAAGAAGCCAUUCCUUCUUCACCACUGUUUUCCCAACCCUUUUGAAGUCCAGUGUAUUGCAGGAGAGGAAUAUCAGAGAAUUGAAUUUGGUGUUAACGAAGUGAUUGAGGCAGGUUCGUCUGUGCUGAACAACAGCGACUACAGUAUUUCAAGCACCCUGAACCCUCAGGCACCGGAGUUCAUUCUCGGUUGUGCCCCGACCCCCAAGACACCCAGCGAUGUCCUUGGCGAAACCAACCACAACUCCCUUGACUGCCAGUUCAGCGACGCCUCCCUUGCUUUGGAUAAUGGCUCCAAUGCCGAGAACGAUAGUUUCUCCGGGAGCCUUGGACAGCGGGAACGCAAAAAGAAAAAGAAAAGGCCCCCGGGAUAUUACAGUUAUUUGGAAGAUGUGAGCGACGGUGUUCCUGCCGAGGCUUUGAUCAACGGACACGCCGGUUCGCCCAGGCUUAAUAGCAUCAGCAUAGACGAUGUAGAUUUUGCAGGUGACGUGCCAAGGACUUGUAACAGCCCUGACAAUUCUGUGGACUUCAGUAGUGAAGCUGUAUCGGAGGAUUUGGUUUUGGUUUCCGGCGCUCUAGAUACUACCAGAACUGCAGGGCAGCCAGAAGUAUGCAGUGUUACUAAUUUGGAACAGUCUUGUGUCUCCUCUGAUCAUGAGAGAGACAGCCCGUUAAGGACAGCUGUCGUGCAGCCUUGUGCUGAAACUACUGAAAACCUUGGCGUUACCAAUGGGCAAACACUUGAAUGCUCUAGCGAGGGCACAACUGCCAACGGGGUGGACUUGCAGACUGCGGAAAACACUGACUCAGACCAAGCUAAGCCGGAGGAGGCCUCCCCCCCUUCAACCGAGGCGGUCACCCCUGUCCCAGGAUCAAUGGUGGUUAAUCAGCCUGCGAAAUCAUGGGCAAGUCUGUUUCACAACUCAAAGCCCUCGGUUUCCACGCCUAUGGCUUAUGUGGAGACUAAGUAUAUCCCUCCUGCCGUAUCUCCUGUGGUCCCUGAGAAACAGGUUGACGUCAAAGAGGGGCCCGUUCCAGUGUCUGAAGAUCCUGUAGCCAUAAAGAUUGCAGAAUUACUGGAAAAUGUAAAGCUAAUACAUAAACCAGUAUCCUUGCAACCACGAGGGCUGAUCAAUAAAGGAAACUGGUGUUAUAUCAAUGCUACACUGCAGGCUUUGGUAGCUUGCCCUCCCAUGUAUCAUCUGAUGAAGUCCAUUCCGAUGUUUUCUAAAACACAGAGGCCAUGUACUUCUACGCCAAUGAUCGACAGCUUUGUCCGCCUAAUGAACGAGUUUACAAACAUGCCAGUUCCUCCUAAGGCAAAACAAGCUUUAAGUGAUAAAAUUGCACGAGAUAUCAGGCCUGGAGCUGCCUUUGAACCCACAUACAUUUAUAGAUUGUUGACCGUUAUCAAAUCCAGCCUGUCAGAAAAGGUGAGGAUUCCCCACGGUAGACAAGAAGAUGCCGAAGAGUACCUAGGAUUUAUUCUAAAUGGCCUACAUGAGGAAAUGCUGAUUCUGAAGAAAUUGCUAUCUCCACAUAGUGAAAUUUCCAAUGGCCCAGAGACCCAGCUAGUAAACGAAGAGGAUGAACAGGAAGAACAAGGUGAAGGCAGCGAGGACGAAUGGGAACAAGUCGGCCCGCGUAACAAAUCCUCUGUCACUCGACAGGCAGAUUUUGUCCAGACACCAAUCACAGACAUAUUUGGUGGGCACAUAAGGUCUGUGGUUUACCAGCAGAGUUCGAAAGAAUCUGCAACUCUGCAGCCAUUUUUCACUCUGCAAUUGGAUAUCCAAUCCGAUAGGAUACGGACUGUUCAGGAUGCCCUAGAGAGCUUGGUGGCAAGAGAGUCUGUCCAGGGCUACACCACAAAAACCAAGCAAGAGGUAGAGAUUAGUCGAAGAGUAACGUUGGAAGAGCUGCCUCCUGUCCUGGUGCUGCACCUCAAGCGGUUCGUCUAUGAAAAAACAGGCGGGUGCCAGAAGCUCAUUAAAAACAUCGAAUAUCCUGUUGACCUGGAAAUAAGUAAAGAGCUGCUGUCGCCAGGAGUGAAAAGUAAGAUUUUUAAAGGCCAAAGAACCUACCGGCUCUUUGCAGUUGUCUACCAUCAUGGAAACAGCGCGACUGGUGGACACUAUACUACAGAUGUCUUUCAGAUUGGUCUUAAUGGCUGGCUGCGCAUAGAUGACCAAGCUGUCAAAGUAAUUACUCAACACCAGGUGGUAAAACCAUCAGCCGAGCGCACAGCCUACCUCCUGUACUAUCGCCGAGUUGACCUGCUUUGAAACCUCCAAUCUUCUGCUGUGUUUGCCAGAUUAUCCGCUUUCUAGAAGGCCAACUCUCUUCUCCUCUCUCCUUCCCCUUUCUUUUUCAGUGAUCUUCAGAGGCUCCUCUUCUCUCUCUCCUCUCCUCUCCUCUCUCCUCCUCCCCUUUUGCAACUAGAGGAAAGGGGGAAAGUUCCUUUCCAGAGGUGUGCAAACACAACCUAGUUGGUGUUGCUUAUUGACUUGGCAGAAUGAAGUCUUUGGGCUUAAAACAACUCACUUUUUUUGUGAAUCCCAUGGAGGUUGUGGGGUUUUCUUUGUUUCCUUUCUUUUCCUUUUUCUUUUCCUUUUCCUUUUCCUUUUCCUUUUUUUGGCGCUAACGCUAAAUCCUAAGAGAUUAAAAUGGGAUUUGCAAUGGAUUCCCACUUUCUAAAUGCAUAAUA